GACGUUGUUUCACAUUGAAGCAUAUACGUUGUAAAAAUGACUGAAACGGCCCCGGUUGAAAAUUGGAUCCUUCUGCAUCCCGUGUUUUGUGAAAUGAAAAGCCUUGGGGUCGAGGACAUCGCUCAGGUCCAUGCAGCCUUCCUCGCUUACAUGGACCUGACUCAGGUUCGUCACUGGAAAGAAGUGUCUUGUCUCAAGUGCCCAGAGCUGCAGCUGGUUCUACUGGAGGCGAGAGAGACAGAAGGAGGACCUACUCAUACUGUUCUUCCUCUGUCUGUCCAUAAAUCCAUUACCCACAAAAGUAUUCGCUGUGUGCUGGAUAGAGGAUUUCCCAUGCUGCUUUGUGCGGUGGCGUCAGACUCUACUCUUGUGUACCAGAAGAUCUCUGACGGUCUGGUGACACCUGAGCCCCCCGUGGGCCCCUUCCAGGACGUGGAGCGGCGGCAGAACAGAAAGAGGCGGCACCACCCCCAAUAAGUAGGUGGAGCAUUGGACUCAAAACUAGACAUUUGUUAGUUACAUUAAA